CCGUCGCUAAAGAAAACCGAGCGUUCAUACAUAAACACCCUCUUUCAGCGGAUUAAAGGAGCCAGCAGGUGUGUUUGGAGGUGCCGAGCCCCGGCCAUGGACGAGCAUGCAGGGCCCGGCGUUUUCUUCAACAACAACAAUAACCCGGUGAUGCCGAGUGGCGGUAGCGGCGGCGGGCCUGGACGAGGAGCUGCGGCCGAGGGGAGCAGCGCUGAGCCAGCUACUUCUCACUACAGCAUCCCGGCUAUACUGCACUUCCUCCAGCACGAGUGGGCCCGCUUCGAGCUAGAAAGAGCGCAGUGGGAGCUGGAGAGAGCAGAGUUACAGGCACAGGUAGCAUUCCUGCAUGGAGAGAGGAAAGGCCAGGAGAACCUGAAGAGGGAUCUGGUGAGGAGAAUUAAGAUGCUGGAGUACGCUCUGAAGCAAGAGAGAGCAAAAUUCCACAAGUUAAAAUAUGGAACGGAGUUAAAUCAGGGUGACAUGAAGCCUCCAAGCUACGACUCUGAUGAAGGAAAUGAGAAGGACGCCACUGGCUCUCUAAACAAUCAGCUCUCAUGGAAGCAAGGCCGUCUGCUCCUCAGACAGUAUCUACAGGAAGUGGGCUACACAGACACUAUUCUGGAUGUGAAGUCUCAGAGAGUGAAGGCUCUGCUGGGAUUGAUGGGAGAUUCCAGUCGAUCUCAUCAGGAACCUCUAAUCAAUGGAACAGACACGGCACCUAAAGGAGCCAACACAGGGAAGGGGGAGUUGUCCGAGUCAAGUGCCGUGCUUGAGGCGUUUAAAUUCAUCGAGAGUGCUGCUGCUGAAUUCAGUGAUGAGGACGAUGAAGAAGAUAGUGAUGGCAAAGAAAGAACAAUCAUAGAUUCAAGAACGAUUGUGAGAAAGAAGCCUUCACCCUUUUCUCCCUCACAUGAUGAUGAUGUGAACGAUGACCUUGACACGGAGGACGCCCUCAAAGACUUUGAUUUCCUCUCCAGCACCGAGGCCAUGGACACGUCACCCGACUCUCGGAUUGUAGGAGACGGUACUGACUGGGAGAAGGACAAGCAGGCCUGGGACGUGGACCAGGGCCUGAUUACCAAACUCAAGGAACAAUACAGAAAGGAGCGCAAAGGCAAAAAGGGGGUGAAGAGACCAAACCGUUCUAAGCUGCAGGACAUGUUGGCUAAUCUUAGAGAGAACGAGGAACCGAGUCCUUUGCAGUCCUCCAUAACGCCACCAUCUCGACCCAACUCGAACCGAUUCAUUGAACAUGAGAGCAGCCACCCUGACGAAGUGGAGGCCAUCACCUUCCCUCCUUCCUCUGGGAAAUCCUUCAUCAUGGGAGCGGAUGACGCCAUGGACACGGGCGAGCUGGGACUGGGGGAACUAGCUGGACUGACUGUUGCCAAUGAGGCAGAGAGCCUUGGUUAUGAUAUCGGCAACAACAAGGACGCACUGCGGAAGACGUGGAAUCCCAAGUUUGCCCUGCGAAGUCAUUUUGACGCAAUUCGUGGUCUGGCGUUUCACCCCACUGAGUCGGUUCUAAUCACUGCUUCAGAAGAUCACACGCUAAAAAUGUGGAACCUGCAAAAAACCACCCCAGCCAAAAAGAAUGCCUCACUGGAUGUGGAACCCAUUUAUACCUUCAGGGCUCACAGGGGUGCAGUACUGUGUGUCGUCGUCAGUAACACAGGAGAGCAGUGUUACAGUGGUGGUGUGGAUGGCACCAUUCAGUGCUGGAACACACCCGGUGCCAACAUCGACCCCUACGACUCUUACCAGCCCUCUGUCCUGCGAGGGGCGCUGUGCGGGCACACCGAUUCAGUAUGGGGGUUGGUGCACAGUAGCGCUCACCAGCGUCUCUUGUCCUGUUCUGCUGAUGGCACAGUGCGGUUGUGGGAUGCCUCUACCACACAGCCGGCCAUCGCCAUUUUUAAUGAGAAUAAGGAGUUGGGCGUGCCCUCCUCAGUGGAUCUGGUGUGCAGUGAACCUGCCCACAUGGUCACCUCAUUCACCAAUGGGAGAAUAGGAUUGUUCAACAUGGAAACACAGCAGCUAAUGAUGAACCUGGAGUCAACUAGUGAACCUGGUGCAUCGUGUCAGAUUAAUAAAGUACUGAGUCACCCCACGCUACCUGUCACCAUCACGGCUCAGGAGGAUCGACACAUCAAGUUCUACGAUAACAACACAGGAAAACUGAUUCACUCCAUGGUGGCCCAUUUGGAUGCUGUUACGAGUCUUGCUGUGGAUCCGAAUGGACUGUAUUUAAUGUCUGGAAGUCACGACUGCUCGAUCCGGCUGUGGAACCUGGAGAGCAAGACAUGUAUCCAGGAGUUCACAGCCCACCGCAAGAAAUUUGACGAGUCCAUCCACGACGUGGCUUUUCACCCAUCCAAGUGCUACAUCGCCAGUGCUGGAGCCGACUCCCUCGCCAAGGUCUUUGUAUGAGCUCGGAAUAUCCCGCCUCCUGCAGCCUCGCCCACCGGCACAGACUGGCUAACGGCAGAGAGUCGGGAUCUGGCUGGGGACCAACGAGAGGGUGCUCGCCUGCCCAGCUCCCUCCUUUUAUUUCCUGUUUUAUUGAAUGGAUUAGCUGGGGUCUUUGCGGAUGAUCCAACUUGGGGAAGUAAUACAGGAGAAGGGCACUUCAGGGUGAUUCGGUUCCCAAUUACCUCUGAUAGGAUCCAGGCAGGCCUGGGUGCACCAAGCAACUACACAGACGCUUCCUCAAGCAGAAACCAUAGCCAACCGUAGUUCUGUUCCAGAGUCGCUGAGUAGAACAGGGGGAUUUAUUUAGACUCUGUGGGACUAGCAAAACUCCCAUAUUUUGUCUGUUUUUUUGUUUGUAUCACUCCUUAAACCCUCAUACAUCUCCUCAUGGAUAUCCUCUUGCUAGUUACUUGAUUCCUUGAUUGCAGACUUCUGGAUCCUUGGGAAGCUAUGGAUUAAAUUAGCUUAGGAUACAUCGUGGGCAGCUUUCUUUCCUAUUUGCUUCUAAGAUAGAUGCUCUGCCUACCUUUCGUAUUUUUUUCUGUUUUUAAACGUUCGACAAAAUGUGCCUUUGCUUCAAAAAGGUCUUGAAAUUGUUUUACCGAGCUUUUUUUCUUUCUUUUUCUUUUUUUUGUGGGCUUGGGAAACGGAUCAUAGACUUCAGAAUUAAGGCUGGGUAGGACCGUGUUGUCCAUUUUAACCAUAUAGUACGUUGGAUGUAUAAUUACAAAUCCGUAUUAAUAAACAAAUAUAUAUUAUUCAGUCUUAAACCUUAA